AUGUCGCUUACCGACUACCUCGACGGGCUUCUCGGUGAGCCCGGCCCCUCAACCACCGCGCAGUGGGAGGCAUACCUGGCCUCCGCGCCCGCGCCUGAGGCUCCAUCGGACGAGCACAUACUUCUCGAGCGCACUCCAUGGCCGACGCUGCACUCGCUGCUCGGCAUCGACACCGUCACAGAUAUCACAGAGGACGUGGGCCGCAUCGCAAUCGACGACACGCCUGAAGAGGAGGAAGCAGGAGACGCCAGCGCCCUCGUCGCCCGUCUCCAUGCACACCUCUCGCCCGGCGCAUACGUCCAUCUAAUGGAAGUGCUGGCGUCGGGGAGAAGCGACGAGGAGAUCCAAAGUGAUCUCGUGGAGAUCCUCGGCUUCGAAGGCGAGGGGUUCAACCUCGUCGAGCUCAUUUUGCGGCCUGGCGCACGGCGGGACAUCUUGGCCGCAGAGCGCGGAGGGAAGCGCAAACCUCAGGCCUUGCAGAACAACAAGCGCCGGCCCAACAAGAUUGACAUCACCGAUGUGAUCGGCACGCCCGAGGACAUCGAACGGCGUAUCCAGGAGCAACUGAACCGUCCCAAAGCAAUGUUUGCGGAAGAAGGCCGGCAACGCGUACCCCAGUCGACGGAGCAGCUCCCAAACGUCUUUACAAGCGGCGGGGCGGCCACACAAAGCUUGAGCUACGGCGGCAAGCUAGCCCUCCCCGUCGGCACCGAGCGGGAGGCGUACGAUACCUUCGAAGAGGUCAUUGUUCCUCCGCCCGCCGCGAUCCCGCCCAAGCUUUCCGAGCGCCCGAUCCACAUCUCCCAACUACCCGAGCUCGCGCGCGGCUGCUUCCCCGGCUACAAGGAGCUGAACCGGAUGCAGAGCGUCGUCCAGCCGACCGCGAUGGGCACGAACGAGAACAUGCUCGUCUGUGCGCCUACUGGUGCGGGUAAGACGGACGUGGCUAUCAUGACCAUUCUCCGAGUUUUGAUGAGCCAUGUCCGCUCCCAUAAGAACGGGCCGCAGCACCCCUCAGGCUUCAACAUCGACCGCGACGCGUUCAAGAUCAUCUAUGUCGCGCCGAUGAAGGCGCUCGCGGCGGAAAUCACGCGCAAGUUCGGCAAGCGCUUGAAGUGGCUCGGGAUCAAGGUUGCCGAGCUCACGGGUGAUAUGCAGAUGACGCGCCAGGAGAUCAACGAGACGCAGAUUAUUGUUACGACACCCGAGAAGUGGGAUGUCGUUACGCGCAAGCCUACGGGCGAGGGCGAGCUGGCUUCCAAAGUCCGCCUCCUUAUUAUUGACGAGGUGCAUCUCCUCAACGAAGAGCGUGGUGCUGUCAUUGAGACAAUCGUUGCGCGAACAUUGCGACAGGUCGAGUCCAGUCAGUCGCUUAUCCGCAUUGUUGGACUCAGUGCUACGCUGCCCAACUACGUAGAUGUCAGCGACUUCCUUCGUGUGAACCGCUACCAGGGCCUCUUCUUCUUCGAUGGCUCAUUCCGUCCUGUACCGCUUGAGCAGCACUUUAUCGGCGUGAAGGGCAAAGCGCGCAGCUUUACACAAAUGCGCAACAUGGAGCAGGUGGUGUUUGACAAGGUCCUAGAGCAGGUGCGCGCGGGGCACCAGGUUAUGGUGUUCGUGCAUGCGCGCAAGGAGACAGUCAAGACUGCACAGAAGCUGCGUGAGAUGGCGAUGGAGGAAGGCGAGAUUGACGCUUUUGACACGCGGGAGCACCCACGCUUCCAGUUCCACCGUCGCGACAUCGGCACAUCCCGCAACAAGGAGAUGAAGGAGCUGUUUGACUACGGCUUCGGUAUUCACCACGCCGGUAUGCUGCGCUCGGACCGCAACAUGAUGGAGCGCAUGUUCGAGGAUCAGGCUAUCAAGGUGCUAUGCUGCACGUCGACGCUUGCAUGGGGUGUCAACUUGCCCGCGCACGCCGUCAUUAUCAAAGGCACACAGGUGUACGACUCGGGGCGCGGCGCGUUCGUCGACCUAUCCGUUCUCGACGUGCUACAGAUCUUCGGUCGUGCAGGUCGUCCUGGCUAUGAGACCAGUGGUGUCGGCUAUAUUUGCACAUCUCAAGACAAGCUCGAUCACUACCUGGACCAAAUCAUGUCGCAGCACCCGAUAGAGUCCAAAUUUAUUCCUGGCAUGGUGGACGCUCUCAACGCUGAAGUGUCGCUGGGCACUAUUGCCAAUGUCCGCGAGGCGAUAAGCUGGAUCGGCUACACGUACCUCUUUGUGCGCAUGCGUCGCGAGCCGUUCAUCUACGGCAUGUCUCACGAUGAGCCGCGCGAUGACCCACAGCUGGGUAACAAGCGCAGCGAGCUCGUGACCCAAGCCGCGCGCCAGCUUGCUGUUGCCAAGAUGAUCCGCUUUGACGAGCUCACCAACGGGUUUACCAUCACUGACCUUGGCCGUAUAGCCGCGCGUUACUACCUCCGCCACCAGACGGUUGAGGUAUUCAACAAGGAGUUCAAGCCCAACAUGAAGAAUGCCGACAUUUUCGGCAUGCUUUCGCAGGCCACUGAAUUCGAGCAGAUUCAGGUCCGCGAGAACGAAGUCGAUGAGCUCACUGCCAUCAUGAAUUCGGACAACUGUCCCUUGGAGGUCAAGGGUGGUCCAACGAACAAGCACGGCAAGGUCAAUAUUCUACUGCAAGCGCACAUCUCUAAGGUAUUCAUAGAAGACUUUGCGCUUGUCUCCGACUCGGCGUACGUGGCACAAAACGCUGGGCGUAUCAUCCGCGCGCUGCUAGAGAUUGCCCUCAGCCGCAACUGGGCCAACUGUGCCUACCUGUUGAUCGACUUGAGCAAGGCAAUCGAGCGACGCAUGUGGCCUUACGACCACCCUCUCAAACAGAUGUCCCUCCAGCGCGACACGCUCGUCAACGUGCAUCGCUGGGCUGAUGAAACGGAAAUCUCGGAAUUGCGCGAGAUGGAUGCCAAGUCGCUCGGAGAGUUGGUCCACCUGAAUGAGCUCCAUGGAAAGGCACUUCUCGCGGCGGCCAUGGAAUUCCCAACCGUUGGUGCUCGCUACGCCCUACGGCCCCUUGCGAACGAUCUGCUUGAGAUCGCAGUGACUGUUGAACCGACCUUCAGGUGGAGCCAGAAGGUGUCAGGCUCCACUGAGCCAUUCUACGUCUGGGUCCAGGACGCAGACGGCAUGAACAUCCUGCAAUGGCGCAGCGUACUCCUCCGCCAGUCGACCAAGAGUGUGGUCCUCGAGUUCGUCAUCCCUUGGACAGUCGACAUUCACACCUCGCUUUCCAUCGUCACGGCGUCAGACAAGUGGAUCGGCUCCGACUCGCAGACUCAUGUUGACCUUAACAACCUCGUAAUGCCACGACCCUUCGAUGACCAUACGCCACUGCUCGACCUGCCGUUCCUCACCCUCUCUGCUCUCGACGACGCCGAGCUUGCUGACGCCUAUCGCCCGGUGUCGAUGCUCAACGCCCUCCAGUCCCAGGCCUUCUGGAGCGUGUAUCACACGCACCACAACGUGCUCGUGUCUGCCCCUGUUGCAAGCGGUAAGAGCUUGCUGGGUGAGCUGGCGUUGUGGCAUGCGCUCAGACACGCUCCGGGCGCGCUCUGUUUCGUCAUUGUCCCGCACUUCCGCGCCGCCGCCGAGGCUGCCGCUCGUAUUCGCGGCGUCGUACCAAGGAGUCGGGCUGUGCGAGUGACGCAUGUGAGAAGCUCUGACGCGCUCGAGAGCGCCAUCAGCGUGAAUGGCGGACGUAUCGUUGUCGCAACGCCUUCGGCUUUCGACGGCAUCAAUCGUGAGCGCCUCCGCAACCUUGCCCUGGGCGACCUCUCCACCGUCGUCUUCGAGGAUCUUCACCUCCUCGACCCAGUGUACGAACUUGCGGCCGCCAAGAUCCUCUCUGCCGUGCGUCCGGCCCGUAUUCGCAUCGUGGGCCUUACCUGUUCCCUCUCCGAUCCCUCCGAUGUGGCGAACUGGCUUGGUGUCGAGGAACAGUACCGCUUCAACUUCUUCCCUCGCGACCGCGGUUCGCCUGUCGUCGUGCACCUCAAGACUUUUACGACGCCGCACAGCGCGACGCUCCUUAAGACCAUGGUCAAGCCCGUCUACGACAUUGUCAAGGAAGCGCCAGGCAACGUCGUGAUUUUCGUGCCCUCCCGCGCAUCUUGCCGCAAUGUCGCUCGAGACCUCGUCACACAGUCCGGCACUGCGAUGGAUCUGAACGGCUUCCUGAAUGCGCAGCGUGCCGACGUCGAGCCGCUCGUGGCGGACGUCGAGGCUGCCCUACAGGAACCCCUCCUCCACGGUAUCGGAUACAUCCUUCCGAAUAUGCGCGGCGCGGAAAUCGCGCGUGUCCUAGAGCUCUUCGCCGCCGGCAUCAUCAAGGCCCUCAUUGCUCCGCGCGACGCAUGUUGGACGCUGCCUGUGCGUGCGUCCUCCGUGGUUCUCAUGGGCGCGCAGUACACCCAGGUCGCAGGCGACGAGCGCACCACUACCAACUACAGCCGCCACGAGCUCGUGCAAAUGCAAGCGUUCGCCGUGGCAUCGGCGCACCCAGCUGCUCCAGGCGGACGGAUGCACGUCCUCUGCCAAGCAGAGCAACAGACGGCAAUCUCGCGCCUGCUAGCUGAUGGUCUGCCGCUCGAGUCUUCCCUGCCCUCUGUCCUCCGGCGCGAGGCCUCUCCUGCCCUAACAGUGGGCGGCGGCAGUGUAUCCGAGGCCAUUCGCGUUUUGGAGGGCAUGUUGGAGCCACGACCUGCGCCCCCACCUGUAGCGGCGCAUCGCCCACGCGUGCCGGAUCUACGCAAGCGCGACGCCAUGGACAUGCUGGGCUGGACCCUAUUGGGCCGCCGCGUGCGUUCGAACCCGAUAUUCUAUGGUAUGAUGGAGGGCGCUGAGGCUGCGGGUUUGAGUCACUUGAUCGACGAGUGGUUCGCGCCCCCUCCGUCUCCUCCUAAGGCCAAGGUGGAGCGGAAGGAUAAGGGCAAGAAGACGGAGCAGGAGGGCGACGGAGAGGUUCCCAUGCCAGCGGCGAGGGACUAG